CAAAACGAGGCCUUGCCUCUCCUCCUCCCUCUCCCCUCUCCGCCUCUUCGGCCGCGCGGGGACGGACGGACGCCUACUAUACGUGCCAUCGACGCCAUCGACGCCAUUCCGCCCGUAGUGCCACAUCGGACGCUUGCCUCUUGGCAGGUCGCCCGGAUUCCUUUGCGGGCUGAUCAACUACGCUCGGCCCAGCGGACGAUGCUCGGCCUGACGAUAGACCCGCGUCUAAUCUAAAAAAGAAGAAGACACAAGUAUCACGUAUUUUGAGUUUUUUUCCAAACAGUUCUACAAGUAAUCAAGUUUAUACAAAUACCACUAACGGUCUAUGGCGCCGAACAAAGAUAAAUUACAUUAAUCUUCGAAUAUACGUACUCUCUCUCUCUCUCCUCCAGCAACAGGAUACGGAUGGUCGGCCAAGGCAACCAUGCUCCUUAGCAUAUUAUUUGCUCUCCUCCCAUGACAUUUGUUUAACCCGGUGGGUGUGGGUUAGCACAUGGGCAAGAGGUAGCGUCCAUGAUGGAGCUGGUGAGUGUCCAAACUACAAACAGAUGCACCCCCGGGUUCCCGUCGAAAUGCUCCUCUAAUCACCCACCCACCUGGUCCUUGUAGGGGCUGGGCUCUAGGGUGGGAGAAAACGGAACACCCCGGGUGGCCCCACACGCGCACAUCGGGAGAUGCCCGCCUGACCUCUACGCCUCCGGCCGUCCCCCUCUCUCUCUCACUUUCUCUUCUCUCUCCCCGGCCAGACACAAAAACUUUUACUUCCCCGAGGCGAGGCCCGCAGAAGCAGAGCAACGCACCAGCACGCACAGGCACAUCUCCCCUACAACACGCAUGCCCACGCUCUAGCUAGAGAAGCCGCCCUGCCCUGCUGUGGUGGUGGUCUAGAGACAAACAAGCCUUUGGUCUCCGUGCGUGUAUCAUCGUGUUGGUCUGCCUCCCUCCCUCCCUCGGCCCGCCCCCCUGCCUGCCUUCUCGCGCCCGCUUCCACCCCUGUCCCUCCCGUGUCGGAGGGGACACGCGCGGCCGCGUGGGACGGGCGCACGGGCCUGCUCGCCUGCUCCGGCGCCGCCCAUGCGCGGGGCCCGCUAGCUAGCCGACCUCUCCCUCCCCCUCUCUCUCUCUCCAUCGAGCGCUUGGUUGGCUAGCCGACGGUCCGGGACGCGGAGGGAGAUGAUCAAGCAGCAGCAGCAGCAGGCGCCGCCGGCGCCUGCUCCGGCGGCAGCGCCGCCGCCCAGCGCAUGUGAAGGGGAGAAGAAGGCGCCGCCGAUCAACUCGGAGCUCUGGCACGCCUGCGCGGGGCCUCUGGUGUCGCUGCCGCCGGCGGGCAGCCUCGUCGUCUACUUCCCCCAAGGCCACAGCGAGCAGGUUGCAGCUUCUAUGCAAAAGGAUGUUGACGGACAUGUUCCAAGCUACCCAAAUCUUCCGUCGAAGUUGAUUUGCCUUCUGCACAAUGUCACUUUACAUGCGGAUCCAGAAACAGAUGAAGUGUAUGCACAAAUGACUCUUUUGCCAGUUACUUCAUAUGGAAAGGAGGCGCUGCAACUAUCGGAACUAGCGCUGAAACAACCAAGGCCUCAAACAGAGUUCUUCUGUAAGACACUAACUGCAAGUGACACAAGCACUCAUGGAGGCUUCUCCGUGCCUCGUCGAGCAGCUGAGAAGAUAUUUCCACCCCUUGAUUUCUCCAUGCAACCGCCCGCUCAAGAGAUCCAAGCCAGAGAUUUACAUGAUAAUGUGUGGACAUUCCGCCACAUAUAUCGAGGUCAGCCAAAAAGACAUCUGCUUACCACUGGCUGGAGUCUUUUUGUGAGCGGAAAGAGAUUACUUGCUGGUGAUUCUGUCAUUUUUGUUAGGGAUGAAAAACAGCAACUUCUCCUUGGAACCAGGCGUGCUAAUAGACAGCCAACUAACAUAUCAUCAUCUGUCCUUUCAAGUGACAGCAUGCAUAUAGGAAUUCUUGCUGCUGCAGCCCAUGCCGCUGCCAACAAUAGCCCAUUCACCAUAUUUUAUAAUCCUAGGGCCAGUCCUACAGAGUUUGUUGUCCCGUUUGCUAAGUAUCAGAAGGCACUCUAUGGUAAUCAAAUAUCUUUAGGAAUGCGCUUCCGCAUGAUGUUUGAAACUGAAGAAUUAGGCACAAGAAGGUACAUGGGUACAAUAACUGGUAUAAGUGAUCUAGAUCCAGUAAGAUGGAAAAACUCACAAUGGCGCAACAUACAGGUCGGCUGGGAUGAGUCUGCAGCAGGCGAAAGGCGGAACAGGGUUUCAAUCUGGGAAAUCGAACCGGUUGCUGCUCCUUUUUUCAUAUGCCCUCCACCAUUUUUUGGUUCAAAACGUCCCAGACAAUUAGAUGACGAGUCCUCAGAAAUGGAGAAUCUUUUAAAGAGGGCAAUGCCAUGGCUUGGUGAGGAGAUAUGCAUAAAGGAUCCACAGACGCAGAACACCAUAAUGCCUGGUCUGAGCUUGGUUCAGUGGAUGAACAUGAAUAUGCAGCAGAACUCAUUUGCAAACUCGGCUAUGCAGUCCGAGUACCUACGAUCGCUAAGCAACCCCAACAUGCAAAAUCUUGGCGUGGCUGAUCUCUCAAGGCAGUUAAACCUUCAGAACCAGAUUCUGCAACAGAACAGCAUUCAGUUUAGUUCUCCUAAACUGCCUCAACAAAUGCAGCUGGCCAAUGAGUUGUCAAAGGCAUCUCUUCCACUGAAUCAGAUUGGUGUGGGCACCAAACCUCAAGAACAGACUCAAGACCCAAACAAUCUGCAGAGGCAACAACAGUCCAUGAACCAACUACUUCCAUUGAGCCAAUCUCAAACCAAUCUUGUCCAGGCUCAGGUCCUUAUCCAGAAUCAAAUGCAGCAGCAAAAGCAACCAACAUCCAUGGCUCAAAAUCAGCAGCCAGCUGCCAGCCAGUCACUGAUCCUGCCCCAGCAGCAGCAACAACAGCAACAACAUCAACAACAAAAGUUGGUACAUCAACAGCAGCAGAUUUUACUGCAGCAGCAACAAUUGCAGCAACAGCAACAAUUGCAGCAACAGCAACAAAAUCAGCAACAGCUAAAUAAGAUGGCUGCACAAAUGCCAAAUCUGGCAUCACAUCAGCCGCAACUGUCUGAUCAGCAGCUUCAACUGCAACUGUUACAAAAACUGCAACAGCAGCAGCAGUCGUUGCUAUCACAACCAGCUGUUACUCUUGCACAAUUACCCCUAAUCCAAGAGCAGCAAAAGUUGAUUAUUGAUAUGCAGCAGCAGUUGUCAAAUUCUCAACCACUUUCCCAGCAACAAACAAUGCCCCAACAAAGUAUUCAAGUUCCAUCACGGGCAACACCACCACCAACAACAACCGUGCAACAAGAGUCACAGCAAAAGCUUCCACAAAAGCAUGUUGGGUUCACUGACACAUCACAUACCACCAUUCCUCCGACUACAUCAGUCAACACCAUUUCAGUUGUAGGAAGUCCUCUGAUGGCAACUGGUGCCACACAUUCUGUAGUUACUGAUGAAAUUCCUUCCUGCUCAACAUCACCUUCAACAGCUAAUGGCAACCAUAUUGUGCAACCAGUCCUCGGAAGGAACCAACUAUGCAGCAUGAUCAACUAUGAGAAGGUGCCUCAGUCUACUCCUAUGUCGAUCCCAAGCUCCCUGGAAGCUGUCACAGCAACGCCAAGAUCAAUCAAGGAAUUGCCUAAGUUGAAUUCUAAUGUCAAGCAAAGUGUAAUGGCUUCAAAGCUACCAAAUGCAGGGCAUGUAGCUCAAAAUUUGACUAACAAUGCACCCCCGACGGACUAUCCGGAAACAGCUUCAUCAGCAACUUCAGUGUGGCUUUCCCAAGCGGACGGGCUUCUACAUCAUAGUUUCCCCAUGUCUAACUUUAAUCAGCAGCAGCAGAUGUUCAAAGCUGCGGCUCCUGAGACUGAUAUUCAGGGUGCAGAUCCCAGUAAUAACACACUCUUUGGAAUAAACGGUGAUGGUCAGCUGGGCUUUCCCAUGGGAGCAGAUGAUUUCUUAUCAAAUGGAAUUGAUGCUUCCAAGUAUCAGGGUCAUAUUUCAACAGAUAUUGAUGGUAACUACAGGAUCUCAAAGGAUGGCCAGCAAGAAAUAUCGUCAUCCAUGGUUUCACAGUCGUUUGGUGCAUCAGAUAUGGCAUUCAAUUCAAUUGACUCUGGUAUGAAUGAUGGUGGUUUCGUGAACAGAACCUCUUGGCCUCCUGCUCCUCCCUUAAAGAGGAUGAGGACAUUUACCAAGGUGUACAAACGUGGAGCUGUAGGUCGGUCCAUUGACAUUAGUCAGUUCAGUGGAUACGAUGAGUUGAAGCAUGCUCUGGCUCGCAUGUUUAGUAUGGAGGGGCAACUUGAGGAACGACAGAGAAUUGGCUGGAAACUUGUCUACAAGGAUCAUGAGGAUGACAUCCUACUUCUUGGUGAUGACCCUUGGGAGGAAUUUGUCAACUGUGUGAAGUGCAUUAGGAUCCUGUCGCCUCAGGAAGUGCAGCAGAUUAGCUUGGAUGGGGAUCUGGGGAACAACAUUCUCCCCAACCAGGCCUGCAGCAGCUCCGACGGCGGCAAUGCCUGGAGAGCUCGCUGCGAUCAGAACUCCGGUAACCCAUCUACUGGUUCAUAUGACCAGUUUGAAUGACCUAACUUGCCGGUCCAUACAUGCCGGAUCACAAGUAGGCGUCUCGUGAGGGGAUGGCAGGUGCAGAAUGUUUGUAGAUGUGUCGCCAGAUUUACGUCCGGGAGAGCGAAUCGCUCGAUGGAUUGGUAGUGUUUUUGUUCAUAUGUGUAGGUUUUCUCACAUGGAAGGAAUGUAGUAUAGAGGAUGGGAGAUGAAGAUUACCGUAGGUGAAAGAUGAUGUUGUACCAUGAGGGGGGAAAACAUGCUUGUAGUAGUAAAGACUGCUGCUUCAGUCCACGUAUCUAAAAAGUUCUUCUCUGACCAUGUGCUGUUUCCAAGUGUUAAUGUU